AGCUAUUAUCUUUAAAAUAGAAUAUUUGAAGACCCUAGUUUUUCAAGGAUAUAAUAAAAUAAUGAAUUAUGUCGAGAGUAAAUGGCAACCUUUUAUGGGUGAUUGUAGUUUAUGUGCGGAAAUUUUAGCUGAAAAGAAUAAUUAUUCACCAUGGAUUGUUGUGAAAUAUUUGGAUGCAUUGCUUCGUGGAUUUGGGCAGGUGAUAUUUUCAAAUAACCCAGUCAGUGGAUUUCUGUUUUUGUUUGCAUUUAUAUGUGUUUCACCUAUCAAAGCUGCAGUUGCAAUUAUUACUGGUACAAUAGGUAUUAUAUGGUCUGUGAUAAUUGGACAUAAGCCAAGUGAUGUUAGCGCAGGUGUAAAUACAUACAAUCCAAUUUUAUUAGGAUGUUUUGCUCAUCAUGCUGUACCAACAAUAUUUUCCAAUUAUCACAUUCACAUUUGGAUUACAUUAAUAAUUGGUGUCAUUAUUUGCGUAUAUUUGAACACAGCAAUAAAUGGAUAUUUAUCCAAAUGGAAUGUACCAUCCUUGACGUUACCAUUUAUUUUUGUGGAAUAUUUACUAAUAGUGGGUGUAUUUAAUAAUUAUACAAAUGUACAGCAAAAUAAUUUGAAUCCAGAAUCCACAACAGAAGUACUUUUUCAGAAUGUUCCCAUUACCUCUGAUAAUAUCAUGACAUCAAUAAUUGAAAACAAUAUUACCAAACAAGAACUACCCUCAUCAGUACCAACAACAUUCAUAUUACCACCAACACAAUUAUCGAAAGGAGAUGAAAAUAACAUGUCCGUUGAGAAUAUCACAACAAGUAGUAUUAAAAUGAUUGCGUCACCAUUGUUGGAAAAGGACAAACAAAAUAAUGAAACAACAACAAGUGAAAGAACAAAUCAUCUACAACAGCAUCUGGUGACUAAUAUUACUACGGACACCGCUGCCACCACCAUGGUUGACGCCAUCAACAGUAACAACAGUAGUAGUAAUAAUAUCACUACGUCCAUCAAAAAUAAUAGCACCACUACAACUGCCGACGCUGUUGACGACGUGAUGCCUGCUGCAACAAGUAUCUUUUACAACGACAAUAUAAACAUGACGACGGUGGAAACUGUUGCCACAACGAAUAUACACGAUGUUACUACAAACUUAUCAACAUAUUCUAUGAUAUUAGAACAACAUGGGCAACCAUCACCAAUGAUAGCAUCAUAUUCUUCGUCUUUUGGCAACAUAACAAAUGAUACACAAAUUGAUAAUAAUGAUACCACCAUGUUGAUGGAGAAUAAUGAUACUGGUGUCAAUUCUGGCAAAAUAUUUGCUGGUACGGUCCAUUCUGCAGGUGCAUUAAUUGCAAUUGAUAGUACAUUUUUAUCAGCAGUAAUAUACUUGGCAAUAACCAUAUAUUCACCAAUAAUGGGUGCAUGCAGUUUUAUCGGCGCAUUCAUUGGUACAAUUACAUCAUUACUAUUAUUAAACGUGUCAAUUGAUGAAUGUGCUAUCGGAUUAUGGGGCUAUAAUAGCCUAUUAAUAAGUGCAGCCUUGUGUGGUAUGACAUGGAUUAUUAAAUUACAAACGAUACUUGCAUGUAUAUUUUGUAUAUGGUUUAGUGUUUUAAUUCAAUAUGGAUUAAAUUUUAUUUUUAAUUCCACCACAUUAUUACAAUAUAAUUUAGCAUUUAAUAUUGGUGUGAUGAGUUUUCUAUGUAUGACACAAAUGUUAGGAAAUAGUUUUCCCCAACCAGCAGAACAUUCAUUUCCAGAAAAACAUCGAUAUGAUUAUGUGAAUAAUGUUCAACGGCAAUUGGUACAUGAUAGAGACGAUGAUGAAUUUUAUGUGAAACGUGUUAGUAUUGUUAAAUUUGGUACUGAUGAUAGUCAUUUGGUUGUUGGAAGUGCUGGUACUUAAUAAUGACUUUUUGGCUUAGAUUUUGUAUACAACGGAAAAUUUUUAAUUAUCACUUUAAAAAGUUUUUAUUAUCAUAUUUUGUGUUACAAACAUUAUAACGUCGAAUAUGUUUAGAUAUCUAAAACAAAAAUAUAGUCAUAAUCAAAGUUUUGUAUCAAUAAGGACGAUUGUACUUUAAAUAAAAAUGUGAAAUUUAAAGACAUUAAUGCAUAAAUAACUUCAAUUUGUUUUGAGCAAAAGAGCAUUUUGCACGUUACUUUUACUUAUACUUAUGGAACAUAAUAAUAUAUCCCUUGCUUAUAUAUUUAAAUGUGAAAGUAAGGUUGUUUUAUUGCUUGUUUGUGACGCUUUCACGUUAAAACUACUGAAUGGAUUUGAUUGAAACUCUUCAAUAAUAUAGCUCAUACAUCAGACUAACACAUGAACUAUAAUUUAGAAAGAUAUAUUUAAAAAAGAUUGACUAGUUAAUUAAAUUUAGUCGGACAUUUCACUGCGCAAAUCCUGGGCCUUAUUUCGAACCAUAAAUUAAAUAUUUCUGUAAAAAUGAUAAACGUAAAAAAGUUAAAAUUUUUCUUCUAUACUAAAUCUGUUUUUAUAUACACUAUGAAUUAUGACUAUUUUACAUUUAAAAUAAAUUGAAAACUGUACAUUUUAUUUAACUUGUGUAACAUUUCGAGUGUCAUAGAAGAUCGAUGAGUGAGAGCAAGGGAGGUAAAGGCUAUUAAACGCCUUCGUUACAAUGUUUGAACUGUAACAAAGAUGGACUCCUGUUAUAAACGUUAAAAGCAUAAAUUUGCAAAGUUUUUCUCUGUAAAUGUAAGAAGAUUACCAUACUUUGUCAUUAGGUAUAAUAAUAAAACUAUGUACACAUAACUAUUAAGAAUUAGUAGUUCGAUAAUAUGCAAAAUUAUACUGCAAAAAAAAUUGUACUGUGUAUUUUUUCUGUAGGUAUACCUUAACAAAAAAUUCCUUGCUUAUUCUAAGAAAUUUUUUUGAUUUUGUAUGAAAAGUUAAGCAAUAAUUCUGUAAGAUGUAAAUUUUGUGUUUUAUAAUUUU